AUGUCUAACCCCAUCUAUAAUUCCUAUCAAGUCCUCGAGUCCUCACCCGAGGCCGAAGCCGAUGCAAGGCGGGUGUUCAACGACUGCUUCGGUGAUUCUACCGCCCCUCCAGACGAUGAACCGAGCUUGUCCGCGUUGCAAAGAAGAGCGGUAGUGGGCGUAGCGCCAACUGGGGAUCAGACGGGUUUCUCCCAAGCUUCGUACUAUGGGACCUCGCAAGGUCCUUGGCUCGUCGGUCAGAAUCUGCCGGGGAUGGGGACACGACUGUCGUUCAGCGCAACAUACGCUAAUGAAGUUGAUUCAACGCCCCCCUAUCAAUGGGCGAGCGCAAAUACCGGAUCACCCUAUGUCCAGCUUGGCCAGCCCGGUAGCCAAUGGUCAACGGAGAAUUAUGGGGGAUUUGUUGGACAAUAUAUUGCAAAUGCAAGUUCCUUUGGUAACGUGGCGUCCUCCCUCGGGCCAAACGUAGUCGGCGCCCUCCCAUUUGAGGGGGUCGUCCCUAUCAGUCACCCGUCGAUGACAGGAUAUGACUGGAACUCUAGUGUUCGGUAUGACCGUCAAACGAGUUAUCUGUGGGCAUUGGACGAAGGGCAGGAUGCGGCGCUCGUCAUCGGGGACACUGUGACUCCAAAACCGGUAGAAUUCGCGAGCAUCACUCUUACUCGUUCGACUGAGGACCCCAACAACCUAACAGACCAAAUCCUGGUGCCACAAAUUCCAAGCUUGACGAGACGGCCUACACCAGUCCUGUCGUUGGCGGGGAAUGACCACACUGUCAACACAACGCAUGAUCACCCUAGCCACAAAAUGACACGCUUCACGUCUCCCAGCAUUCAGGACUCGGCAGCAUCGACGCCUUAUUCGACGGGUUACACAUCCAUGGCUUCGCCUUGGUCAAGUGCGACGCCUGAACGAAUGUCGACACCAGAUAUGCCAGUCCAGAGAGUCAUGAGCAGUCGCCCCUUCCUAGCCAGCGAACACAACUAUACGUUAGACCGCCUCCCGCCGAAGGAUGGGGGAGGUGGUCGCGUAGCUAGGUCCGCUGACGCCGAAUUGAUCCCGGCGUCACAUAGCGGUCCGAGCCCGGUAAACCCCGACAAGGGAGAAGGAAAGAGCGGCACGAGGCCGCUAAAUGGAAACGAUAUGACUACAGUUAUGCCACAGGCAAACCAAGGUACGUUCCACCACGAUGCAUAG